AUGAAGGCUGUGAAAGGCUUCUGUGUUCUUUUCACACUGCUCCUGUGUUUCGUUGACUCUGGAAGGACUGGGAAAAUACUUGUUUGGCCCAUGGAUUUUAGCCACUGGAUUAAUUUAAAAGUUAUCCUGGAAGAACUCCAGCUUCGUGGCCAUGAGAUAACUGUGCUGGUGCCUUCACCGAGUCUUCUGCUCGAUCAUACCAAGAUUCCCUUUAAUGUGGAAGUUCUCCAGCUUCAGGUAACCAAAGAAACCCUCAUGGAAGAGCUCAACACAGUUCUCUACAUGUCUUCUUUUGAAUUGCCAACACUUUCAUGGUGGAAGGUGCUAGGAAAAAUGGUAGAAAUGGGCAAGCAAUUUUCAAAGAACCUAAGAAGAGUGUGCGACAGUGCUAUAACAAACAAGGAGUUGCUGGACAGGCUUAAGGCAGCUAAGUUUGACAUCUGUUUGGCUGACCCUUUAGCCUUUUGUGGAGAGUUGGUGGCCGAGCUCCUCAAUAUUCCAUUUGUAUAUUCUUUCCGGUUUUCUAUUGGAAACAUCAUAGAGAGAAGCUGUGCUGGGCUUCCCACCCCUUCUUCAUACGUUCCUGGGAGCACAUCAGGACUGACAGACAACAUGUCUUUUGUACAGAGACUGAAAAAUUGGUUAUUGUACCUAAUGAACGAUAUGAUGUUUUCACAUUUUAUGCUUUCAGAAUGGGAUGAGUAUUACAGCAAGGUUUUAGGAAGACGUACCACAAUAUGUGAGAUUAUGGGGAAAGCUGAAAUGUGGCUGAUACGAAGUUACUGGGAUUUUGAAUUUCCACGCCCUUUUUUACCUAAUUUUGAAUAUGUUGGAGGACUACACUGCAAGCCUGCAAAGCCCCUGCCUGAGGAAUUGGAAGAGUUUGUACAAAGCUCUGGAAAUGAUGGAGUAGUAGUAUUUACUCUGGGUUCGAUGAUCCAAAACCUCACAGAAGAAAGGUCGAAUCUGAUUGCAUCAGCUCUUGCCCAGAUUCCACAGAAGGUUCUGUGGAGAUACACAGGAAAGAAACCAGCUACAUUAGGACCCAAUACCAGGCUCUUUGAAUGGAUUCCACAGAAUGAUCUUCUUGGUCACCCCAAAACCAGAGCUUUUAUCACUCAUGGUGGAACAAAUGGUCUCUAUGAAGCGAUUUACCACGGGGUUCCCAUGGUGGGAAUUCCCUUGUUUGGUGAUCAACCUGAUAAUAUUGCUCGUGUUAAGGCCAAAGGGGCAGCGGUUGAUGUGGACUUGAGAAUUAUGACAACUUCAAGUUUGCUUAAAGCAUUGAAGGACGUUAUUAAUAAUCCUUCUUAUAAAGAGAAUGCCAUGAAGUUAUCAAGGAUUCACCACGAUCAGCCCCUGAAGCCCCUGGAUCGAGCAGUCUUCUGGAUUGAAUUUGUCAUGCGCCACAAGGGAGCCAGACACCUUAGGGUUGCAGCUCAUGACCUCACCUGGUUCCAGUACUACUCCCUGGAUGUGGUUGUGUUUUUGCUGACCUGUGUGGCAACUAUUAUUUUCCUAGCCAAAAAAUGUUGCUUGUUUUUUUACAGGAGGUUUUGUAAGACAGGAAAUAAGAGAAAGAGAGAGUAGUGCUUUCUAGACAGUUUGGCUGGAAAUCAGUUUAGAUCAGUGAUAUGAGUAACAGUCAUAGAUUCAACAGAUUGUUCCUUUUCUCUCAUGUAUUCUAGGACGUUCAUCAGUUUUUCAGAUCAGGGAGCAAAGAAUCACACAAAAAGUUUGUCCUUGUCUUAGAUAUGCAUAAUGUUUGUGUCUCAAUGUAUUUCAAUACUUUGUUGUUUCAGAAAAUCAGUUACUUUUGACUAGUUACUGUAUGCUAAGGAAAAGUAUAUGAUUAAAAUGUAAUAUCUAUAUUUUUGAAACAAGUUUAAAAAUAUUUAAAAUUUGUCUCACAUAAUUUUUCUUCUAGUUGUAUAUGAAAAAGAGAUUUAAAUAUUUACUGAAGUAUACAUAGUUUGUGGAAAAAUGCAUUCUGCAGAAAUGCUAUUAUCAUUUGAGUUUAUUAACAAGCCUUAGCAAGAACUCUGCAUGAACGUGUAGACACUAGUUGAAUUUUAAUAGAAGAAAGGAUAUCUUUUUUUCAUUGUUUUAGAAAGACUUUCUAUUCUUAAGUGUUGAAAAUUAACUGAAAUGUGAUCCCUGUUGAACAUGGUGGUGGGAAUGGGAGAGGGAAGAGAUGUAUAAUUUGGGACAUGCUCAGGCUGACUUGCCCCAAGUGGUGGAGUUGGAAGCAUACCAGGGGAUUCCAAUUCAAUCCCAUCGAGGUGGCAUGUACCAAUGCCAUCUCACUGUUCCAGCUGAUCAGUUUCAGUUCACAGUUGGUCAUGGUGAAGGGACUGGGAGUCAAAGGGAGCACAUAGACAAGUCUAGUACCUGCUAACGCUAACUGAUGGAGUAAAUAAAGGGGAGAGUGAUCCAACAUGGGAAGUGAGAUACUCAGCAGACUCAUAGAAUGGCAGAUGUCCUAAAUAGCACUCUGUCCUCAGAAUCAGCCCUAAAGGCAUUCGGAGCUGGCUGAAAAGCCCAUGAGAGUAUUUCAGGCAUGGAAAGCCAAGACACUCUGGCAAAAGAUCUCUGCGAGUGAGAUCCCAGUGGAAAGAACAGGUCAUCAAAGAAGGAGGUACCUUUCUCUGAAGGGAGGAGAGAACCUCCACUUUGACUAUGACCUUGUCUAAACAAGAUAAGAGUCAGAGAACUCAGAGGGCUUCCAUAGCCUUGGAAACUCAUGACUGGAGCAUAGGGAGAUUACUGAUUCCAUAGACAGGAGUGUCAAUUGGUAAAGUCAACAACAGGAGUCACUGUGCACUUACUCCUCAUGUAGGAUCUCUAUCCUUAAUGUGCUGUACAUUGAGAUUUAAUGCUAUAACGAGUACUCAAACAAUAUAUUUCACUUUGUGUUUCUAUGGGGGUGCAAACUGUUGAAAUCCUUACUUAAUGCAUACUAAGCUGAUCCUCUGUAAAAA